GCCUAGAGGCGACAGCCGAAUAUUCUUGUGACAUUUUAAAUUAAAACCUUUAAAACCUUUAACAUUCAAUUGCUCAUAGACCACAGUAUUACUAAUAAUUUAUCGCAUUAUAUCUCAGCGUUACUGCAAUACAAAUUUUUACGUUUUACAAUUUCUAUGUUCAUUAUUCUARUUAAUUAUAAUUUAUUAUGCAUUUAAAAAUGUAUUUUCGUGUUAUUUGUAAUUUAUAUUUAACUUUAUUCAUUAGUUGAGUUCAGAGUUGAGUAUGGGAGAAAGAAAAUUCACUAAAGGCUUAGGGCGGCCAGGAAUGGCAGCUCAACUUCGAGAAACUGUAUCUCAAGUUGUCCGCGAUAGUUCGAAUAAUCAAAAAUGUUUUCAAGUAGAUCCAUUAGACUUCGAAGACUAUAUUGCUAAAAACCAUACAGUUUUUCAGAAUGAUCCUCAAAGAGAAUUAUUACUUUAUCCUUCAGAUGAUGUUUCACAAGUGGUUUUACCGAGAAGAUAUCGUACUAUGGACCCCAGUAUUCCUUCAAAUGCAGACACCACAGAAUGUUCACUUUUAACAAAAAGAUGUAUAGAAAGUUAUUUAGCUAACUGGCAUGUUAUACAUUAUAAAUAUAGUGCAUAUUCAGGAUCGUAUAUUCAAUUUCCACCAGAGAUAUUUAAAAAUGAUGAUUUCAAAGAAGAAGUUUAUGAAAUUGACACAGAUCUAGAUGGAUUAGAUAAAGAUUGGAAAACAAUAAAAAAUGAUAGUGCUUUAUUUAAACAAGGAUAUUUAUAUAAAGGUCCUGAUGGUGGCGGAGGUGCCUCAGAACGAAUGUUUGCUAAUUUAGCUGGUUCAAAAUCUUUUAAAAGACGUUUCUGUAUAUUGAAACAACAAGUUGAUGGCACAUAUAUAUUAGAGGUUUACAAAGAUGAUAAAAAAGGAGAUACUAAGGCAACAAUUGUUAUGGAUUUAUGUGACAAAGUAAUUCGGAACAGUAAAAAAGGCAGAUUUUGCUUUGAGCUUCGGAUGGUUGAUACUGACAAAAGUUAUUGUUUAGCUUCAGAUACAGAGCCUGAACUUAUGGAUUGGAUGACCAAAUUACAAUUAGCAUUACAGUACAGUAAUGACAAACGAGAUGAUAAAAUAUCAGAAAAUAAUAAAGAAAUCAUUCCUGUUGACAAGAACAUGGUACCUAAUGAUAGUUUUGGCACAUUGAAAGGCUUGGAACAUAGUGUAAAUCCCCAAUUGAUGAGAUAUGCGAGAGAAACUGAUUCAUUAAAUUCACAUGCACGUCAAGAAAAUAGAAGAAGGCUUUUUGCAGUUUAUCCAUUUUUACAACAACCUAGUAGUUGUAUUAGACAAGAUGUUCUAAAUCAACCAGCUGAUAGUAUAUCUGAACCGUACAAAGAAAAGUUUGGUCAGAGAGUUCUAAUUGAAUGCCAGGCAUUGAACUUUCGAUUACAGAUAAACARUGAAGAAAACAAUGAUUCCGUAAAUCAAGUUGAACCAUAUUUUACAACCAUGGCAUUGUUUGAUGUACGUUCUGGUAAAAAAAUAUCUGAAGAUUUUCAUUUUGAUAUUAACCAUGACAGUAUGAAAAAUCUAGUUAAUCAUGAAAAUCAAAUUGACGGUCAUAAGUUAAUUGAGUUAUCAAAAAAUUGUAAAGUGACAAAGAAUUGGCUAUUCAAACAAAAACAAGCAAUAAUGUGUAUAUCAAAACCACAUUCAGAUAUAUACUUAGUGUUAAGAAUUGACAAAGUACUUCAGGGUGGCAUAGUACGUGUUUCUGAACCAUAUAUUAAAGCAACAACAAAUAAUAAAGAUAAUGGUCUGAAAGUAUUUAAAGCUGUUAAAAAUAUUUGUCAUAGGUUAGGCAAUUACCGAAUGCCAUUUUAUUCGUUUUCUUAUGACAUAUUGACUACAUGUUGGACUGCAGUUAAACCAUUUCCUAUUCCACCGAGUCGAAAUCAUCCGAUUAUUGAAAUUGCUGAAUUAUAUCCAGAUCCUCAACCACAAACAUCUUAUAUUAAUCACUUGUAUGUGUAUCCAUUGUCGCUAGCAUUUGAUACACAAAAAAAUAUUCCUCGAGCCCGAAACAUUACAUGUAUGGUCCAAUUAUUUGAUAACGAUAAUAUAGACUCUAAGCCUAUUAAGUGUAUCUAUGGGACACAUGGCCAAUUAUUGAGUUCUAUGUGUACUUAUGUUUUAUACCAUACUACAAACCCAAUUUGGUAUGAUGAAAUCAAAAUAAGACUUCCAGUGCACAUAACUCCAAAACACCACCUACUGUUUACUUUUAAACAUAUUUCUGUUGAUGGUUCACGUAAAAAGCAAUCAAAUAUUUCAGUCGAAACAAUAGUGGGAUACUCAUGGCUACCACUUAUCUUCAAAUCCAAAAUCAAUAUGGAUGCAAAAUGUUUACCUGUAUCUGUAGGUUUACCAGCAGGGUAUUUAUCAGUACAGCCAUUUGGUCUUGGAAAAGGAGUGAUAACGCCGUCAAAAAAGUUAAUUAAUCUGGAUCAUCAGCAGCAAGAGAAACUGAUUAAAACCGAUUCUAACUUAAGUAUAAAUACAUGUGCUUCGAAUUCGUCUUCUCCCGAUCGAACAAAUUCCUUGUCAAUUUUUUCACAAGAAACUGCCAUUAGAAGAAAUUCUUAUGUAUCCGAAUCGGACAUUUCAAAUAAAAAUCGUCAUUCUAGAUCUAUAAGUGGUACACAGACAUUUCACAUUACUACUGAUAACUCAGUGAAUGUAGUAAGCAAAUUAGAACCAACUGAAGUCAAAGAUGUCCUUGUAUGUUUUUUGUUUAUUUUGAAAUAUUCUUCUCAAGAUCAAUUAAUAUCGUGGUGGCGUUACUGUACAGAAUCAGAUAUUGUGGCAUUUUUUAAAAUUAUGGAGUUAAGUUUACAAGAGUUUCGGUACAUGGGACGCCGGCAUAUAGURGAAGAGACAUUAGCUGCAAAUAACCGAGAUAAUGUUCAGCCAAUUUCUACUACUACAACAAAGAAAUCUAUGACAUUACCUGCUCGAAUGCAACCACCAUCUGAAUUUAAUGCUGAAACAACAGCUAAUUCAAAUUGUCAAACACAACUAUCACAAUUAACACCUACCAUAUUAAGUAGCAAUGGUACAGGCAGCAUUGGCCGGGUAGAAAAUUCAAAAAAAGAUACCGCUACUACUGAUGACAACAUGACAUUUCGAGUACAAUCUGAAGCUAAUCUUACUGCAGAAGUGGGUUUAGUUAUCCUCGAUGCUCUUUCAUCUUAUUGUGUUCAUUUUAAGGAUACUUUGAUGGCGUACAACGGUGAAAAUGACAUCAUGGAGAGCGUUUUUUCCACUCUCUUGGCGUUUUUAUGCAUCCCACAAUCUACAUUAGUCUGUGGACAUGUGUUCGCUACUUUAAGAUCAUUUAUUAAUAACUUUUCUCGUGUAUUAUUUAAAGGUACUGCUCAGUUAGUUGGCAAACUUUGUUCCCAAUUAUUAAAUGGUUGUAAUAGUCGAUCUCCCAAGGUACGACAAGAAUCCUGUGCUGCUCUUUAUCUGUUAAUGCGAAGCAAUUUCGAACUUUCUUCRUCAAAUAUUACCAGAGUUCAUUUGCAAACUGUUAUUGCCGUGUCACAGUUGUUAGGUGACUUGACGUCUGCCGGUCUCAAUAACUCACGGUUUCAAGAAAGUCUCUCAUUAAUCAAUAGCUACGCUAAUAGUGAUAAAGUUAUGAAAAAUACUGGAUUUCCAAUGCAAGUGAAGGAUUUAACAAGACGCGUAAGGACCGUGCUAAUGGCAACUGCUCGUAUGAAGGACCUGAACCACGACCCUGAAAUGCUGGCUGAUCUCCAACAUAGUUUGGCGAACUCAUAUGCUUCAACGCCCGAAUUGCGUUUAACUUGGUUACAGACUAUGGCUCGAAAUCACGAUGACAACGGUGACUUUUCAGAGGCGGCCUGCUGUAGGCUCCACAUUGCGGCGCUUGUAGCGCAAUACCGGAAACUGAAGGGAACGCAGUCAUGGGGUGCUGAAGCAUUUGAGAAAAUCUCGUCGAACAUUUCCAGGGACGAGACGGGCCUGCAGCUGGACUCCGGUGGCGGCAGCGUGGCAGUAAACGACACGCUUUACGGAGAGCAGGCUCUUCUUGAGCGACUGGAGGCGUGCGCAGUCAGUCUACGCCGGGCCGAGCUGUACGAGUGUUUCGGCGAGCUGUACAAGCUGGUCAUACCUGUGUAUGAGCAACGCAAGGACUACCACGCGUUGGCCGACUGUUAUCGGACCGUCGGCAUUGCGUACGACGCGGCCGUGUCCGCCCGCCAGUCUGGCCGCCGGAUGCUUGGCCGUUAUUAUAGGGUUACGCUGUUUGGACAGGCAUAUUUUGGCGAUCAACACGGCAUCGAAUUCGUGUAUAAAGAACCAAAGCUAACACCUUUAUCAGACGUAUCUGAACGAUUACUGUGUCAAUAUGGCGAUAAAUUUGGCCGGGACAAUGUACGCAUAAUUAUGGAUUCAAGUACUAUUUCCACUUCUGAGUUGGAUGUGAAAUUCGCGUACAUACAAAUUACUCACGUCGUGCCAUACCACGGAGAAAAAUAUAUGGAUAUUGAUAACGAUUCCGUUUCCGAGUUUGAACGCAACCAUGACAUUGAUAGUUUUGUUUUUGAAACACCGUUUACACUUGGCGGCGGCCAAUCUCAAAGUGGUCCGCGUGAGCAAUGGAAACGACAGACAAUUAUAAAAACCGAGUAUAAGUUUCCAUAUGUUAAGAAACGUUUACGAGUAUGUGCUAGACGUGAAAWAGAACAAUGUCCUAUACAAGUAGCCAUAGAUGAAAUGUGCCAGCGAGUUCGAGAAUUGAGACAAACUGUAUCUGCUCAGCCAACGGAUGUAAAAAAAUUGCAGCUACGUUUACAAGGAAGUGUAUGUGUUCAAGUCAAUGCCGGUCCAUUGGCAUAUGCCAGAGCAUUUUUGGAACCACAAGCUGUUCUUGAAUUACAGGCUGAUAAAGUUCAAGACCUUAAAGAUACGUUUAGAGAAUUUAUCAGCGCAUGUUUCGAUGCGUUGAAGUUGAAUAGAAUGUUAGUAUCUGCCGAUCAAAUGGAAUACCAAGAUGUGAUGCAAGAAAACUUUUUGAAAAUGUGUCGGGAACUUUCAGAGUGCAUUGAAAGCGAUUCACUGUGGCGAGAUGUAUUGCAAUCCUGUACAUCUCCGAGUAACGAUAGCCGAACACUUUUUACUGCAAUUAGUGGAGCGAGUCAAGAUUCGUCUAACGCAUAACACCUGAAAUACAGGUCUUAUUUGAAAAAAAACAUGAUUUAUGUGAGGUUUCAUUUUUAUUUUUCGAAUUGUUACUAAGCUAAAUUAAA